AUGUUGCCACAUGUUUUUUUAAUCGCUUUACUUACAAUUCUACAGCUUAAAAAUCAGAUAAUCUAUUCAUGUGAUCCUAAUACAUCAUGUGGUUCUUCAGACAAAUCUCAGUUACAUUUAAAAAUUGUUGGUGGGCAAACUGUUAGAACAAGAAUAUGGAAUUGGGUUGUAUCAAUUCAUGUUCGAAAUAAACUUCAUUGUGCUGGAUCAAUUUUAUCAAAUUCAUGGAUUUUAACAGCAGCUCAUUGUUUUUCAUAUUCUAAUAAUUUAGGAAAUAAUAUUUUACAAAUUGAUCCUUCAUAUGUUACGAUACAUGCCGGUUCAAAUAAUCGAUUUGAAGAAAAACAAAUACGUAAUGUAGCUAAAAUUAUUUUACAUCCUCAUUUUGAUGAAUUCAAUUUUAAUAAUGAUAUUGCUUUAAUUCAAUUAUCAUCACCUUUUGAUAUGACUGAUAUUACAUUAGGUCAUAUAUGUUUACCAAGUUUAUCUUUAUAUGAAUAUCCACCUAUAAAUUCUUCUGUUGUUGCAAUUGGUUGGGGUCGAUUAUGGCAAAAUGGUCCAGAAUCUUUAACACUUCAACAAGUUAUAUUGAAAAUUAUUGAUUAUAACAAAUCUACUUGUUAUCCAUUGAUUUAUGAUCGAAAAAAUCAAUUCUGUGCUGGUGUUGACAAUAGCAGAAAGGAUACAUGUCAAGGAGAUUCAGGUGGUCCUCUCCUGAUUUUUACAUCAAGUAAACAAUGGGUUAUUGCUGGUUUAACAUCAUUUGGCUAUGGAUGUGCACAUCCACUCUAUUCCGGUGUAUAUACACGUAUAAUAACCUAUUUAGAUUGGAUUCAUUUAUAUAUUAAUAAUACAAAUAAUUCUAUGUAUCCAUCUUCAUUAAUAACUGAUACAUCAUUUGACUAUAAUGAUAUUGAAUGGAUAAAUAAUAUGUCAUUUCAUCAUUCAAUAUCUUUAGUAUUACUUAUAUUAUUAUUGACUUUGUUAUAUUAA